ACCACUCACACAACUACAACAACUACUCCUACAACUACAACAACUACUCCUACAACUACAACAACUAGUCUCACAACUUCAACCACCGUUUCUACAACCACCACCACUCCUACAUCAACAACCCCUCUUGCACCAUCUACGCCAGCUACUACUACUGCUGUUUUACCAGUUGUGGUUAUGGAUGACGUCACUGCCGUUUUAAAGGAGCCAGCACGGCUGGAAUGCAUCGUGAUGGAUGUUGGUGACUGGAACAAUAUCACUAUCGUUCUUAUUGGAAGUGAUGAUGUUGUCUACAAGAGAGGCGAGGAUGACUACACAGAAAACGGAAAUAAUGUGACAGUCUCCAUUGAUAUAUCCUUUACACAAUGCGAUGAUGCGGGUAUCUACACGUGUGCAGUUGAUAACGCAGUUACAGACACAGCAGAAGUACAUGUCACAGGAAAACCAGAAAAUGUUACACUGAGUUUGUCCACACUGCUUUACGAGGGACAACCAACGUCUGCUGUUUGUGAAGCGAUCGGAACAGACGACAUAAACAUUGAACUUCAUGUAAAGGAGCCAUUAUCAUCAACGUUCAAAAUCAUCGCCGCAGAAAUGACAUCACAACAAGAACAUAACGACUGCGUGAUUUUAUCUUCUGCUUCAUUCGACUUUGUUCCUAGUUUUGUGGACAACGGGACAGAAUUAAAGUGUGUAGCAGAGAACACAAAACUGGGUGUGACGAGCGAGUCCAAGAUAGAACUGAUCACUGUUAUCAGGGGAGAUGUGUCAUUCGACAGCUAUCACGAUACACUAGAUGACGGCGACGUGUCACCUUCUUUCCGAUGUACAGCCUCAAACACUUCACCUUCAUCGAGAAUGACAAUUUAUAGACGUGAUGUCCUUGGUAAUGAUACUACACUCGUCAUUUAUGAUGGUGCCAACGUUCAGUAUGAUAACACACGAAUACAAAAUGGAGAAAUAUCUUCCGACGGAAAUGAUCUGGUACUAACAUUUGAAAUCAGCAAUGUGGCAUGUGAGGACAUCGGUAUAUACAGCUGUGUAGUCAAUAACAGCAUUUCCAUUUUGACGUCACCAGACAAAGUUACUACCGUAAAACGUCCCCCAGGAUUCCCCAAACUGGAGCUGGAUCCACACCAGACAACCAUACCUAAUGAUCCACAGGCCCCGUCACACAGACAUAAAUGCAGUGUGGAUGUUGGGUACCCGGAGGGUAAGAUGGUGAUUGAAAUACUACGGGCAGACGCUGUCACGUUUGAGGAGCUUCCAUCAACCGAUCUGAAGAGUGUGUCAGUCGAUCCUCCCACAUGGGAAUGCAGCGACACCUUAAGAACUAUGUCAUUCGGAAUCAGUUUCCAGGAUGACAUGGAAGGAGCGUUGGUCCGAUGUGUUGCUGUGAAUGGUGACGGGGACUUCAGGACAUAUUCACACAACGCCACUAUAGAACUUGUACCAGACAAUAUAUGCGAAGAUUUAGGAGGCGACAAAGUAACAGCUCAUCCUAAUAACUGUCACAAACACGUGGAGUGUUAUAGUGGAGUGUUAGUAGUUAAUCAGUGUGGAGACCAAUGUUUCGUGUCCAAACAGACGUAUGCUGACUGUGACGACUGUGACAAUGUACCCUGUCCUCCUCCAACUACCACUCCUCCGCCAUCGACAACGCCUGUCGGUCCAACAUUGCUAACUUGUGACGAUAUGUCAGAAUAUAUCGAUGAUGCAGCAUUCCUUCAGUGUCAAAUUACAAGUAGUAAUUUUGAUACAAUUGCCCUAUCACACGUAUCCGCGAUAUCAGCUGGGACAGACAUGCAACCAUUAGGAAGUAUCACGAAGUCUUCAAAGGAGAUCACGACGACGGAUCCCGUUUGGAGCAGCCUUGACCUUUCAUACCACAAAGCUGGGUCGAUGGAAUAUAUGAACAUCACCAUACCCAAAAUAGCCUGCGCCAUGAGUGGAACAUUCUCCGUAAACUUAACCAAUGGUAAUCAGUCGUCUGUGACCACUUCACAGAUAAAUGUAUUAGGAGAUACCACAUUAACUACCACGCAAUCUUCAGGUGACCAGCCAACGACAACAACAGAACAAGAUGUGUCGUUCGAUCAGCCUGAAUACGUUGGUGUAUUAGAUGGAAGCGGAUUAACUAUGACGUGUAGAGUCCUAUCCUCGUCCUGGGAAUAUAUUGACGUUAGCCGUCAAGAUCCUGCUGCGGACGUUCUGAUUGCAAGAGUAAACCGAUCCUUGAUAACAGAGCCAUUGUCUCCCCGGAUAACCGCCAGUCAGACGGAUGAAGGAAAUGUCGUCGUUACAUUUACCAAGGUGAAUUGCAGCGAUGCUGGGACUUACAUCUGUGUAUUGAAUGACGACACACCAGUCAAGAUUCAAUCGCCAGACUCGGUACUGAAUAUCCGACGUAUUCCGUCAGUUCCCGUAUUCGAUUUAAAUGGUCACCAGAUUGUCGGCUCGAGCUUGAACACUCUUCACAAACAUAAAUGUACUGGAGAUGUGGGUUAUCCUGCCGGAGAUUUAAAAGUUCAGUACGCAGCCGCAGGAUCUUCUCUAUUCAGUGAAAUUUCCGUGUCAAACAUUGAGAAUACACCGAGUGAAUGGCUGUGUAACAGUACAGAACGAACGAUGGAAUUCGAGAUAGACUUCCAACCCGACAUGGAUGGGGGAGUGAUCAGUCUCAACAGUUACAACAACUACAGCCCCAUCUACUACAACAGUUCAACCAGAUGUGUCCUUCGAUCAGCCUGA